AUGUCUAAAGGUACACCUUCCUUCGGUAAACGACACUCCAAAUCCCACACUCUUUGUCGAAGAUGUGGUCAACGAUCUUUCCAUAAACAAAAGCACACUUGUGCUCAAUGUGGUUACCCCGCCGCUAAACUUAGAUCUUUCAACUGGGGUUUAAAGGCUAAGAGAAGAAAGACUACCGGUACCGGUCGACACGCUCACCUCAAGGACGUCAACCGAAGAUUCAAGAACGGUUUCCGAGAGGGUGGUGCUGCCCCCAAGAAGGUCAAGUCCACCUCAGAGUAA